AUGAGCUUUAAGAAGAAUACUAACUGCUCUCCCUUGUUGAUUCUCUUGAAGCUGCAGCUUUUGUUGAUCCUUUAUUCUGCAGAUCUCGCUGCUUGUCCAACUAAAUGUGGAAAAAUCGAGAUCCCAUACCCUUUUGGUAUCGGAAAUGAUUGCUAUCUCGACAAGUACUACGAAGUUGAAUGUCGUGAGACCAAUACUUCAAGAAAGCCAGCCCCUUUCCUUCCUGCAAUUGGCAAAGAAGUUAACCCGAUAACAUCCACUGGAUGUGGGAACAAGUCUACAGAACCGGUAAUGAACUUGACCGGUAGCCCUUUUUUCAGUGAUGGCCUCAACAGCCUCAUAGCAGCUGGUUGCAACGCCAAAGUGUCGUUGACACAUAUAAAGCCGAGUAUGAUGGGAUGCGAGCUGAACUGCAAUGCAAGAAGAGACUCGCAUCUCAAUAACAUCCCUUUCUUCAACAAAACGGGGUGCUCGACGCACGUUUUUUACUAUGAUAACAGCGAGGCUUGUGAAGAUGACAAACCAGGAGAUACAGAAUGCGAUGGUAACGGAUGUUGCAAGGCAAAUCUUGGUGCCGAGCCUCGACAAGUUAUUGGUAUCAGGAUAGAGAGCAAUGGUGGAAACUCGACUACAAGAGAAGAUUGUAGAGUCGCUUUCUUAACAGAUGAAGUCUACACUUUGUCGAAUGCCACCAAACCAGAAGAGUUGUUUGCUAAAGGAUAUGCUACACUUAGUCUUGGAUGGAUAAUCCAGACGAAGAAUACUUCGUUCCUCAACUCCUUGGCCUGCACAAUGGGAAAAGAUAAUGAUCAUACCACUUACUCUGCUGAAACCGAACCAACGUGUAGAUGCGGAAAAAGAACCAUGUCUGAGAUUAGUCAUGCAAACUGUGAAUGCAAGAAAGGUUACUUAGGUAACCCUUAUGUUCCGAAAGGAUGCGAAGAUAUUGAUGAAUGUAAAAGGACACCCAAAGUAUGUGGAAAAGGAGAAAAGUGUGAGAAUACAAUUGGAGGCUAUCAAUGUGUGGCUGAUAAAACUAAAGCAAUACUGAUAGGGGUGGGUGCAGGUUUUGGAGUCUUAGUCCUAGUCGGUGGAGUAUGGGGGCUGAGGAAGUUUCUAAUAAAGAGAAGGAUGUCAAAGAGGAAGAAGAAAUUCUUCAAACGUAAUGGAGGACUACUGUUGCAACAAGAACUAAACACAAGACAAGGAAAUGUCGAAAAGACGAGAAUCUUCAGCUCAAGAGAGUUGGGGAAAGCCACUGAGAGCUUCAGUGAAAACAGAGUUCUUGGACACGGUGGUCAAGGCACUGUGUACAAAGGAAUGCUCCUAGAUGGUAGAACCGUGGCGGUCAAGAAAUCCAAAGUUAUUGAUGAGGACAAACUACAAGAGUUUAUCAACGAGGUGGUGAUUCUCUCUCAGAUCAACCACAGACAUGUUGUUAAACUCUUGGGGUGCUGUCUUGAGACGGAAGUUCCAAUGCUGGUUUACGAGUUUAUCAUCAAUGGAAACCUCUAUCAGCAUUUGCAUGAAGAGUCUGAUGAUUACACUAUGAGUUGGGAAAUGCGUCUACGCAUUGCUGUGGAUAUAGCAGGAGCUCUCUCUUAUCUCCAUUCUUCUGCAAGUUCUCCGAUUUAUCACAGAGACAUCAAAUCAUCAAACAUAUUACUAGACGAGAAGUACAGAGCCAAGGUUGCUGAUUUCGGAACAUCAAGGUCCAUAACUAUAGAUCAAACUCACUGGACAACGGUUGUUUCAGGUACAGUUGGAUAUUUAGAUCCAGAGUAUUACCGGUCAAGUCAAUACACUGACAAGAGCGAUGUUUAUAGCUUUGGAGUUGUUCUCGCUGAGCUUGUCACUGGAGAUAAGCCUGUGGUAAUUGUAGAAAACGCUCAAGAGAAAAGAAGUUUGGCAGAGCAUUUCAGAGAUGCCAUGAAAGAGGCGAGAUUUUUUGAGAUUAUGGAUGCUCGAAUAAGAGAUGAAUGCAAACCGGAGCAAGUAAUGGCAGUAGCCAAGCUGGCGAUGAAGUGCUUGAGCUCAAAAGGAAAGAAUCGUCCCAACAUGAGACAAGUUUUUACCGAGUUGGAGAGGAUAUGUACUUCUCCAGAGGAUUCACAAGUGCCGGUUCACAUUGACGAAGAAGAAGAAGAUGAAGAAGAAGAGGAAGUUAUGAAGACUAUAAACAGAAGCCAUUCUUGGAGGAUCGGUGUUACAGCUCCGAUUGUGGCUUCAACUUCUUCUUCAGAUGUUGAACCAUUGUUUCCUCGUCUCAAAACGUUUGGGUGA